GGGGCCGGAAACGGAAGCGCGGGGCAGCAUGGUGGCGCGGGGGAGUUUUCCGCCGGCUGCUACGGCCUUGAUGCUGGUGCUGUCGCUCGGCGCCUCCGCUCCCGCCGUGCUGCGGGCAGAGCCCCCCGCCUCGCUGCGGCUUGGCGCCCUCCGCGCGGGGCAAGUUUUCAGGUUGGUCACCUACAUCUUUGUCUACGAAGACAUGGUAUCCCUGGCCUGUGGUGCUGUGAUCAUCUGGUACUUUGCUGGCAGCUUUGAGAGGAACGUCGGCACAGUGAAGCACUGCUUCCUCACCAUUGCCUUUGCUAUCCUCUCCGCCCUCCUGUACCUCUUACUUGGGAGCAUUGUCUCAAGGGUUUCAGAGGUGGAAGAUGCCAAAGGGUUCAUGCCGGUAGCUUUUGCUACAUUGGGAGUGUCCACCACACGCUCACGGAUGAAGAGGACUCUGGUUUUUGGGGUCAGAGUCCCAGUAGUGCUGGUGCCAUGGUUUAUGCUCUGUGGAGCGUGGUUUAUCCCCCACUCCUCUCUCCUGUGUAACCUGUGUGGGCUCGUAGUUGGGGAAGCCUAUGGUCUUGGCUACUGUUUCCACUUGGAUUUUCCAGAGUCAGUGGGCUCUAAGCUGGACCAGGUGUUCCCUUUCAGCCUGCUAAAGCGGAUUCCAGGGCUGAGAUACGUCCCAGGGUCUCUAGCAGAGAGAAGAGCCUUCGAAAGCAGCAAGAUUAACCCUAUGCCAGGCACCUACCCCACCCAAAGCUAUGGCUAUUCUUCGUCUCCAGUGCUUCCUGCUUUCCAGAUGCAGCACCCCAGUGCCCAGAGCCAAGGGUUUCAACACAGCUGCGUUCCGGGACAUGGCCACACUCUGGGACACGAGGGAUCUCAGCACGGCCACGCUGCAGGACACAGACUCCCUCCUUCUUCCCCCUGCCAAGCCAGAGUUGCCUUCGGAGAGCGUUACAUGCAGGCCCACGCUGGAGCCUCGCCAGGACAGUGCUGCCAGCAGGGCACGUUCUCUCUCCCGCAGCACAUGUGCCCAGCUGAGCCACAAACACACACAGGUGUGGGGACCCUGGCUGGGGUUCAGCAAGCAUCAGGGUAUCCUGCAGCCAUGGUGGCUCCUGUUUCAGCUGAGAUUUCCAGAGUGCAGCUGUACUGAUCCUCCAGGAAGCAGGGAAACUCGUGCUGUGGCAGGAUCAUUGUGUGAUGCUCACAGAGCCGUGCGCUGCUGGUGUCUCUGCUGUACCUGGGGUGGGAUUGGUGAGUAGCUCCCAUGAAGGCCAUUCCCCCACUCCCUGGCAUUUCCUUUACAAUUGGGUUUUUUUUUUACUUUUUUAUAUUGUUGGGGUGGGGACUGCAGAGCAGGGUGCGUACAGAGCAGGGGACUGUAGCGCUCGGUGCCUGUGGCUGUAAUGGAGGAGUUUCGUUGAGUUGAUGGGACUCAAAAUUUUUUAUUUCCAGCUGUGUAGCUGCCUAACUGAGCCAUGUCCAGAAGGAACCUUCUGUCUCUGUGUCUGUAAAUCAGCUGAGUGUUUUGUUGUGUUCAAAAAAAAAGUUGCUAUGUGCCAUGACUGCUCUUGGAGAUGGUCCUGUGUUCCUAACAUGUCCUGAGAAACCAUGACAGCCUCAGGGCUCUUCCGUGCUGUCAGUGAGCCAGGGUUGCAGGCAGCAUUGUCAGCUGUGUGCUCCAAAGCACCUAUGUGCCUCUUCGUUUUCCCCUCCCUGCAGUGUCUGCAGGUGCCUGGUGUUGACGUACAGCCGCUCACUCCUCCGGCAGCGCCUCUGGGAUGGCUGCUGCAGUUCAGUGGGGCCUCACCAGGGCGUGCUUGGGGGAGACGAGAGUGAGCGUGGAGGACUUAGACCUCAGGCAUAUGGGUAAGCAACUCUGAGGCAGGGAAUACCCCUGGCCAGGGAAUUCUGGAGGAGGAUGCAGCUGUUUGGAAACCAGCCUGGAGUUGAUGGAAUGCCUGGAGUUGGUGGUCUGCUCCAUCUCAUCUGUGAUCAUUUCACUCAUCUGUGGGAUCACAAAUGGUCUUUGCUUCAUGGUCCUGUUUUCCUGGCCUGCUAAUAGCAGUUGCAUUGUUAUGUGUUUAGUGUGGGAUGAGAGCAGGAUAACUUGUUUGGAACUUGAAAGAGAGUUUCUGAUGCCAAGAAUGAAAUGUAGAGAUAACACUGAAAUGUGGAUACUCCACUCUCAUUAGAGUGCCUUGAUUUUCCUCCUUGUGAGGUCCUUGCCUGUAAACCUUGGAAUCAACCGCUCUUUUUUCCAGAAAUGUGCGGAAGGGUGUUGUAGGCUAGCAGCAAUCACAAAUGUUGUUUACCUCCCAAUUGUAAACUUGAAAUACAGUCUGA